UAAAGAGCGCUCUCUCUCUCUCUCUCUAAUAUUGCUAUUUCCACCUGCUAGCUAUGGAGACAACAACAGGCUGGUGUGGCGACAUGGCUUCAGUCACAUUAUAAAUGCUCAAGGGCUUUGCUAGUUGGAGAGGAAGAAGAUGUGGAGGCUGAAGAUAGCAGAGGGAGGGACUGACCCUUACAUAUUCAGUACAAACAACUUCGUGGGGAGGCAGACAUGGGAGUUUCAUGCAGAAGAUGGAACCAAAGAGGAAAGAGAUGAAGUUGAAGCUGCUCGUCAACAUUUCUCUUCCAAUCGCUUCCGUUUCAGAGCCUGUGGUGAUCGUCUUUGGCGAUUCCAGUUUCUAAGAGAAAAGAAGUUCAAACAAACAAUACCAAGUGUGAAGAUAAAGGAUGAAGAAGAAAUAACAUGUGAGAAAGUUAAGAAAAUAGUGAAAAGAGCAACGCAUUACUUGUGUGCAUUGCAAGCUAAUGAUGGCCAUUGGCCUGCUCAAAUUGCUGGACCCCUCUUUUAUGUUCAACCUUUGGUAUUUGUCACGUAUAUUACAGGACAUCUUAAUAAUGUAUUUCCUAAAGAGUACCAAAAAGAGAUACUGCGUUUCUUAUAUAACCACCAGAAUGAAGAUGGAGGAUGGGGGCUACAUAUAGAGAGUCCUAGUUGCAUGUUCAGCACGGCAUUGAGCUAUAUAUGCAUUCGCAUUUUGGGAGAAGGGCCUGAUGGAGGCAAAGACAAUACUUGUAUUAGAGCUAGAAAAUGGAUUUUUGAUCAUGGCGGUGUCACUUACAUACCAUCUUGGGGGAAGACUUGGCUUUGUAUACUUGGUGUAUAUGAAUGGUCUGGAAGCAACCCUAUGCCUCCUGAAUUUUGGCUCUUGCCUUCAUUUCUUCCCAUGCAUCCAGCUAAAAUGUGGUUCUAUUGUCGAUCAGUCUACAUGCCUAUGUCUUACUUAUAUGGAAAAAGGUUUGUGGGUCCGAUCACACCACUUAUUCUUCAGCUGAGACUAGAACUUCAUGUUCAACCUUACAACCAAAUUAAUUGGAACAAAGCUCGCCAUCUUUGUGCGAAGGAGGAUCUUCAAUGGCCUCAUCCCUGGAUACAAGAUCUCCUCUGGGAUGGUUUAUAUAUAUUAACUGAACCACUUCUUACUCGUUGGCCCUUCAACAAGUGGAUAAGAGAAAAGGCGCUUCAAGUAACAAUGAAGCAUGUACACUAUGAAGAUGAAAAUACCCGCUACAUAACAGCUGCAUGUGUGGAGAAGUCAUUAUCUAUGAUUGCUUGUUGGGCUGAAGAUCCAAAUGGAGAUGCCUUUAAGAAGCAUCUUGCUAGGGUUCCUGAUUUUUUAUGGGUUUCAGAAGAUGGAAUGACUAUGCAGAGUUUCGGAAGUCAAACAUGGGAUGCUUGCUUUGCCGUUCAAGCUUUGCUUGCCACUUAUCUAAUUGAGGAAAUUACUCCAACACUUGCAAGAGGACAUUAUUUCAUUAAGGAAUCUCAAGUUAAAGACAAUCCUUUUGGAGACUUUAAGAGUAUGUAUCGCCACAUUUCUAAAGGAGCAUGGGCCUUCUCUGAUAGAGACCAAGGAGUUCAGGUUUCAGAUUGCACAUCAGAAGGUUUAAAGUGUUGUCUUCUUCUAUCAAAGCUGCCAUCGGAGAUUGUGGGUGAACAUGUAGAACUUGAGAGAUUAUAUGAUUCUGUCAAUAUAAUAUUAUCACUUCAAAGUAAAAGAGGCGGCUUAGCAGCCUGGGAACCAAUCAAAGCACAAGAAUGGUUAGAAGUUUUGAAUCCUAUAGAAUUUUUGGAGGACAUAGUAGUUGAGCAUGAAGCUGUUGAAUGCACGGGGUCUGCAAUACAGGCUUUAGCUCUUUUCAAUAAGCUGCAUCCAACUCAUAGAAAAAAGGAGAUCGAGAAUUUUAUUACUAAUGCUGUAAGAUACAUUGAAGAGAUUCAAACAAAAGAUGGUUCAUGGUAUGGAAAUUGGGGAAUUUGCUUCAUUUAUGGAACUAUGUUCGCACUUGGUGGACUUAAUGCAGCUGGCAAGACCUAUGAUAGCUCUAAUACCAUUCACAGAGCUGUGAAUUUUCUUUGCACAAUACAAAAUGAAGAUGGUGGGUGGGGAGAGAGCUAUCUUUCAUGCGCUAUAAAGAAAUUUGUUCCACUUGAAGGAAGUCGGUCACACGCAGUACAGACAGCUUGGGCUAUGAUGGGUCUAAUUCAUGCUGGCCAAGCGGAGAGGGACCUAACUUCUCUUCAUCGUGGAGCAAAAUUUCUGAUGAAUUCUCAGUUGGAAGAUGGAGAUUGGCCGCAACAAGAAUUGACGGGAGCAUCUUUGAAACACUGCAUGUUACAUUACCCAAUGCAUAGAAAUGUAUUUCCGAUGUGGGCUCUUUCGGAAUAUCAGAAGCGACUUCCCUCGCAGUCUUGAACCUCUUAUGUUACAAUGGAGAUUCUCACUUGAUCAUUGAUAAUUGCACGUACGUGCAAAAAAAUUUCUUAACUUGCAGUUAAUAUAUCGAUAAAGAACUGUAUAACAAAAUUUAUUAUUAUAUAUUAGUGAUGUGGUUCAUUUCUCAAA